AUGGCAACCUCCGGGCUACAGGUUGGCGGAUUCGUGUUAGGACUCAUCGGCGUGGCUGCGGUCAUCGCCGCGACCGCGAUGAACAACUGGAGCACGCAGGACCGCCAGGGUGACGUCGUAACCGCCGUGUACACGUACAAAGGCCUGUGGCAGGACUGCGAGGUGUCCACGUCUGGGUUCACCGAGUGCCGGCCGCUCUAUGGCCUUCUGGGAUACUCAGGUCAGUUCCAGGCCGUGAGAGCGAUGAUGCUCAUCGGCAUCAUCUUGGGUGUGAUUGGAAGCGUGAUCUCGCUGUUCUCUCUGAAAUGUUUCAAAAUGGGAAACACUGAGGAUUUGACCAAAGCCAAAAUGACGCUGACGGCAGGCAUCAUGUUUGCUAUUGCAGGUGUCUGUGGCAUCAUUGGAGCUUCCAUUUAUGCCAAUCAGAUCGUCGCCAGCUUCAGGAUGACCUCCUACAACCCUAAUUAUGGUGGGAUGAACCAGAUGGAGAUGGGAGGAAUGGGAGGAAUGGGGAUGUCUCUGGCUAACAGGUUCACGUUCGGACCGGCCCUCUUCGUGGCCUGGAUCGGAGGAGGCCAGCUGAUCAUAGGAGGAGUUCUGAAGUGUGUGGCCUUCAGAUCCUUGCAUGCCGAGUCGACCCCCUACAAGGCAGUGGCGUAUAAAGUUCCAGCUCAGUCGAGAUCAGAAGACAAGGCCUCUGAGCGAGGACAGAAAUACGUAUAA